AUGGAGGAAAUUGAAGAAUUACGAAAGAAAGUUGAAGAAGCUAAAAAGGAGUAUACCGAAUCAUUGAAUAAAGCUAAUGAUCUAAAAGCCAAAUACGAUGAUUUGGUUCGAAAUGAUUACCAAGAAAAUAUAACAAAACUCAAUAAUCAAAUGCAGAAAUUAAAUAAUGAAAAAAGUCAACUUAUACGUUUAAUAGAAGAUGCAGAACUUAUCAAAAAUAAACAAUUACAAAAGUUAAACGAUGAUUCAGAUAACUCAGUUGAAAGAUAUCAAUUUAUUCCAAAGAAACAAGCAAAUUGUGAAAAAUCCGAACAAAUUAAUAAGAUUUUUGCAGAAAUAACAGCAGUUGAUCAAGAAAUUAAAAUUAAAUCUAAAGAAUACGAACAAAAACUUGCUAAAAUAGCUAAGUUACAAAAAUAUAGAUUAGAAAUAUCAAAUAUGAAAGAAGAACUCGAGCAAAAAUCAUCAGAGUACAAUAAUAACGAAAAAAUUAAACAAAAUAUUCAAGAUUUGAAAUCACAGAUAGCAGCAUAUGAAAGUGUUUUGCCGAAAUAUAACCAUGAUCCAGAUGUUAUAUUAUCUGAUUAUAAAGAAAAAUAUGAAUCAAGUCUAAUCAAAAAUAAAAUUGCUGAAACAACUGCGAAACAAAGUAUUAUGGAGGCAAUAAGAGAUCUUUGGAAAAUUGAUCUUCCUGAAUAA